AAAUAUCCACACAAACUAAAUCAGGUCGUUACGUGCUGGCAAUGGGGCGGACCAUUCAAAGAAGUGCGCCGGCUGACCAAAACCAUCUUUGUCAAUGAAGCACUUAGAGUGCAAGCAUCGCCACGCAACCAUUCAACGAUGUCACCACCCUUGAUACGCCGGUCGUUUUCAGACCGAAACACUGAUAGUCUGUGA